AUGUCUCCCUCCGACCGUGCUGCUCAGAUCUCCUCACACCUCAACUGGCCAACAGGUCUUCUCGCCGGCCAAUUAGCGAUCAUCACAGGUUCCGGCCAAGGUAUUGGUGCGGAAUGUGCUCGACUUUUCGCCAAUGAAGGUGCCAAAGUUGUCGUUUGCGAUGUCGACUCCAAGAGGUCUGAUGCUGUGGCCGACGAGAUCAACAAGCAGUUGGGUGACAAGCGAGCGAUCAGUGUGCCGGGAGAUGUGACGGACAAGAGCUAUUUCGAUGUGCUGGUGAAGAAGGCGGCUGAGUUUGGAAAUGGAAAGAUACAUAUAAUAGUCAAUAAUGCAGGGUACACAUGGGACGGUGUAAUUCACAAAAUGAGUGACAAGCAAUGGGAGACGAUGCUGAAUGUACACGGCACAGCGCCAUUCAGACUCGUAAGAACAGCGGCACCAUAUUUCAGAGUCAAGGACGGCGAGCCACGCUGCAUCGUUAACAUCUCCUCAACCUCUGGCACACACGGCAAUGCAGGCCAGGCGAACUACAGCAUGGGUAAAGCUGGUGUAGUAGGUCUAACCAAAACUAUUGCCAAAGAGUGGGGCCCACAGUUCGGUGUCAGAGUCAACACUGUAGCUUUCGGGCACAUCAACACGAGACUUACUGCAGCCAAAGAGGAGGGCGCUUUCAUAACUACUGCUUCAGGAGAAAGAAUUGCUCUAGGUAUACCAGGAAAGCAGCUUUCUAGUCGGAAGGGUGAUGAAAGCAAGCCAAGCUACCCUGACAUUGCACUAGGCAGGCCGGGUACUGCUACAGAGGCAGCGAAGUCGAUUUUGGCAGUCUGCAGUCCCCUUUUCUCCUAUGUCACUGGCCAGACGUUGGAAGUCACCGGUGGCAGAGGUAUGUAG